AUGACUACCGCAAACACCAACAACCGCGCCUCUCUCCUCGCUGGCCUCCGCACAGGCGGUGUCCGCUCGUCCUCGGUCAACGUACCCCACACCGCCGCCCCAACUGGCUCAUUCAACGUGCCUCGUUUCCCCUCCCAGCAGCACCCCUCCAUCAUCCUCACUGAGGAUGACGAGGACGAUCAAGUCGCAGAGAUCCCUCAUCACAACAUCUACAGCCGCGGCGCCCCGAUGACUGCCGCCGUCGACGGGCCUAACAAUCGCUUCGCCCAUCAUCAGUCCGUCCCUAGGGGCAUGAAUCCCAACAGCAUGCCCUUCAGCCCAGGCUUCAACAACAAUGUGAUGGCCCAGCCCCAGAUGCAGAUGCAGAUGCUUCAGCUCGAGAUGAUGAGGAUUCAGGUAUUUUCCGCCAUUUCUGCCUUCAUUUCCCCCGUUUUCUCACGCUCGUCCCAGGCAUUGCAGGCUCAACAGAUGCAGGCCGAGUUGCAAGCGCAACUCCAGCAGCAGAUCCGACAGCAGCAGCAACAACGCGAUAGGCGCACUAGUCUCGGAUUCAAUCCACCCGCUACUGCCGGCCCAACGACCCACUCUUUCGACUUGAGGGCAGCCACCCUGAGCGCCCAGUUGCGUCGCCCCAACCAGGCAGAUCAACUCCGUGCUCAGCUCGGUGUUGCAAACCCGGCAGAUGACCACGUCCCAAUGACCGCUGCUCUUGGUGGCAGGUUUGGAAGCCGCACCACCAGCCUCAACACCCCGAACGGAACUCAUUAUGACAGCUACGGCGAUGCUCCACCCCCAACGCCUGGCUACACCACCGUCAUCAGUGGCGGAACUUCCUUGGGCAGCCUCUCGUCCAACAACGCGAAUACUGUACCUUCCAAGUCCGAUGCUGCUUCUUCCUGGAGGCGUGGAGGGAACAACAACUCCGUUUUGAGUGGCAACCGUGCUACCUCCUCUCCCAGCCUGAAGGUGACGCCACCACCCAGCGAGGAACGCAUCUCUCCUCCUCUAGCCGGCGCCAACGCAGGCUCCCCUAUCUCAACCAGCGGACCCAAGUUCAGGCCCCAGCCACUCCGCUUCACCCCCGCGGUAUCGCAACCUCUUCCAGCGGUGGCCAUCGAUAACACGACCGACGACGAGACGGACGGCGAGACCCAGUCCUCUGGCUCUUCCGAUAAGUCCGGUGCGAGCAACUCUUCGCCGACCACCCCGCGCUCCUCGUCUUCCAAUGAGAUGCCUCUCUCGCCGCGCGAAGAGGCCUCGAAAAGGCUAUACGAGGGUCUCGGCAUCGGACGUCCGGUGUCCUCCACUCCCUCUGAGCAGGGGGUCAAGCAGCAGCAAGUGCAUGUCAAUCUGACUCCAGUGGUUGCGCCUGGCCACAGGAUGGUCAGCCAGCCCACCAGGCAGCCCCGUGGGCCGCCGUCGGGUGCUGACGAGCUGGGACCGAAGAACUUUGCGACUCGUAUCAGAAGGAAGGCGAUCGGUGGUUUGGGUGCCCUCAUUGGUGCCCGAGAGAGACGCGAGAUCGUCGAGGCUUACUGA